AAUAAUUAAAUUAAUCAUUGCCGUAAAGAUUCUGACUAAUCAAACUAACAACAUAUUAUUGGUCCAUAAUAUUAUAUCGAUCACUUUCAUCAUUUAUGUUUCUUACAUCAACUAUCUAACUCUUGAUACUAAUAGUCUACACUACACUAUGUUAAUUAUUCCACAUUUAUUUUUUCACAUCUUUUUUUAUUAUAAAAACUAAACUCUCUCCCUCUUUACUCUCAACAUAUAGUCCCCAUUCCUAGAACGUCUAGAUAGUAUACCUAGCCAUGGCAAUCGACGGCGGUGGUGGCCAGCCCCGCUUUGUGACACGUGUCAUAACGGGGCAGUGGUUCAUGGUGUUUUCAUGCCUCCUAGUGAUGUCUACGGCGGGGGCAACCUACAUGUUCGGAUCAUACUCUAAAGAUAUAAAACAAUCCUUAGGGUAUGACCAAACUACCCUUAACCUACUUAGCUUUUUCAAGGACUUGGGGUCCAUUGCAGGGGUACCGUCCGGGCUACUAAUGGAAGUCACUCCACCUUGGGUGGUUCUAAUCGUUGGGGCCGUACUUAACUUCUUUGGUUACUUCAUGAUGUGGCUCGCCGUUACUAAUCGCAUCGCCAAGCCGGCUAUUUGGCAAAUGUGCUUGUAUAUUUGCAUAGGUUCAAAUUCGCAAGCCUUUUCAAACACCGGUGCACUUGUAACUUGCGUGAAAAACUUCCCAGAAAGCCGAGGAGUAGUCUUAGGCUUACUAAAAGGCUUCGUUGGUCUAAGUGGUGCAAUAAUAACACAACUCUACUUUGCAUUGUACGGCGGUAACGGUAAAAAUUCAAAAUCCUUAAUCCUCCUCAUUGGUUGGCUACCAGCCGCAAUUUCAUUCGCAUUCCUACGCACAAUCCGAUUUAUGAAAGUCGUACGACGAAAAAACGAGGUCAACGUCUUUUACGACCUUCUAUAUAUCUCCCUUGGCCUAGCUAGCUUUCUCAUGGUCAUGACAAUACUUCAAAAAACCACAACUUUUUCACGAGGUGAGUACAUUGGAAGUGGCAUAACAGUAAUUCUUUUACUCCUUUUACCUCUUUUUACUGUGGUUAAAGAAGAAUACAAGGUACUAAAAACCAACGAUAAAGACGAGUUUGUAGUUGAGAGUGUGUCUGAUGUUGAUGUUGUGGUAAAAAACGAGGAAAAUUACAAGGAAGAUGUAACAAAGGAUGUUUCAGAAAAACAAAGAGAGGUGGACUCGUGUUUUCAGAAUAUUUUCCGUUCCCCUGAACGAGGGGAGGAUUAUACUAUAUUACAAGCGAUUUUCAAUAUAGACAUGCUGGUACUGGUUAUCACUAUUAUAAGUGGAUUAGGUGGUACAUUGACCGCUAUUGACAAUUUGGGUCAAAUUGGGACGUCUCUCGGGUAUCCGGCAAAAAGCAUAAGCACGUUCGUGUCUCUAGUGAGUAUAUGGAACUACUUGGGUCGUGUCGUGGCGGGUUUUGGUUCGGAGCAUUUGUUAAAGAAGUACAAAAUUCCAAGACCUCUUAUGCUAAGUUUGACGUUAUUGGUCUCUUGCGUUGGUCACCUUCUCAUUGCUUUUAAUUUACCUAAUGGGCUUUAUAUUGCAACUGUGGUUAUUGGGUUUUGUUAUGGGGCCCAAUGGCCUUUGCUCUUUGCCAUUAUCUCUGAAUUAUAUGGGCUUAAGUACUACGCAACUUUAUAUAAUUUGGGUACAGUGGCAAGCCCAAUAGGGGGUUAUAUUCUGAAUGUGAGACUAACCGGGUAUUUAUAUGAUAGAGAAGCCGAAAGACAAAUGGUAGAUUCGGGUCGGGUCAGGGAAAAAGGUGAAGAGUUAAACUGUGUUGGGCCUGAAUGUUUUAGGUUGGCAUUUCUUAUGAUCACGGCAGCUACUAUUUUUAGUAUGUUGUUUUCAUUGAUUUUGGUGGUUAGAACAAGAAAGUUUUACAAGAGUGACAUUUAUAGAAAGUUUAGGGAGGCGGAGAACGCGACGAAGGCUGAGACGGUAUGUGGUGUUUUAGUGCCGGAUAACGAGUCGGAGACGAAGGUGCCACAAAGCUAGAAGUGUUGGUGUCUAUAUAUAACAAAUGAUUGGUAAGUAUAAUGUUGAAGUAUGAUGUGAUAUUAGUAUUAUAUUAAGAAGUUCAUUAUAAUUUAUACACCAUGGUAUAUUACAAACGUGGUACAUUCACGCUCGUUUUUUACUCGUUUUCUUAAUUGGUAAUUAAGAAAAUGUGGAAAAAAUUUGCUUUAAAUUAAUGUACUAUACACCCGGGUGAAUUAUGAAAAUCGUCAUGUAAUGUAUUAGUAAUAACAAUGAAAGUUGUGUUAGAAUUAAAGGAAUGCAUAUAUUUAGUGUCA